UCGGGGGGACGGGGGGACCAGUUUAAACCAGUAUAGACCAGUAUGGGUCAGGGACCCCAGUAGAAACCCCCGUAUAGACCAGGGACUCCCAGUACAGACCCCAGUAGGGAUCAGCGACACUCAGUGUGCAUCCCAGUAUAGACCAGUAAGCCCAGUACAGAUCAGGGACCCCAGUAUAGACCAGUAAGCCCAGUACAGAUCAGGGACCCCAGUAUAAAGCAGUGACUGUUAAGCCCGUACUGGGAGGGCAUUGGGGAUCCCUGUCCCCUUAACCCUGUUCCCACUGCUGACCAGUGACCAUUACCCCCAUACUGGGAGGGGGUCCCUGUCCCAGUACAAACUGGGGGCUCCCCAGUAACCUCCUCGUCCUCCCCAGGUCCUGCCUGUGCUCCAGAGACCCUCGGCCAUGGGCGAGCGCAAGGGCACCAACAAGUACUACCCCCCCGACUUCGACCCCGCCAAGCAUGGCUCCCUCAACAAGUACCACCACAGCCACCCCCUGCGGGAGCGCGCCCGGAAGCUCUCCCAGGGCAUCCUGGUCAUCAGGUUCGAGAUGCCCUUUAACAUCUGGUGCGACGGCUGCAAGAACCACAUCGGGAUGGGUGUCAGGUACAACGCGGAGAAGAAGAAGGUGGGGAAUUACUACACCACCCCCGUGUACAGGUUCCGGAUGAAAUGUCACCUGUGCGUGAACCACAUCGAGCUGCAGACGGACCCCGCCAGCUGCGACUACGUCAUCGUCAGCGGGGCCCGGCGCAAGGAGGAGCGCUGGGACCCCCGGGACAGCGCCCAGGCCCCGCCCCCCUCCCCGGAGCACAAGGAGCGCCUGGCCCUCGAUCCCAUGUUCCGCCUGGAGCACGGGGUGCAGGACCGGGGGGUCCUGGAGCGCGAGACCCCCACCCUGAGCCGGCUGCAGGAGGCCCAGGACGCCUGGAGGGACGACUUCGGGCUCAACAGCCGCCUGCGCCGGCAGUUCCGAGAGGAGAAGAGGACGCUGCAGGAGGAGGAGGAGGAGGCAGCGGCGCUGCGGGCGAGGGCCGGGCUGAGCAUCCCCCUGGUGCGGGAGGAGGAGGAGGAUCGGCGCCUCGCCGCCCUGCUCACCCUGCGCGCCCCCGACUCCUACGACGAGAGGCAGCGGCUGAAACGCUCCGAGAUCUCGCACCGGCCCUGGUUUGGCUCCGGGACCCCCCGGGCGCUGCCCAAACUGCCCCUGGGGGCCUGAGCGCCAAGGACCCCCAGCCCCCCGACCCCCGCCGGCCUCGGCAUCGUGCGCAGGAGGGUGGGGGAGGAGAGUGGGGGGGCGGAGGGACCCCCCCCAGGGAAUCCCGGCGCUGGGGAGGACCCCCUGCAGCCCCCCAGGGCGGUGGGGACGCCCCUGCAGCCCCCAGGACAGGAGGGACCCCCUGCGCUGCCCCUGGGCCCCCCCAGGGCCGCCCCCACCCCGUCCCUUGUCGCCGACUACUCGGACUCCAGCUCUGACAGCGCCUGAGCCGCGGUUUGGGGGCUGG